CGGACCAUUCUGGUGGAGCAUCUUACCGGCGUUAUCGCGGAGCGGAGUCGGCUAGCAAUCCCUCCUUGAGUAUCCACAUUUCCGUGAUAAUUAGCCCAAAAUCGGUCUUCCUGUUCAUCCAUCUUUGUACUCAUCGCUCUACCUUAGGAUUUUAGUCGGCGAAACAUGCCACGGCAAGAUCAUAACAAAUCAAGCUGACAAACCCUGCCCGAAUCCCCCUAUCCAGCGGUAACGUUAUCCAUCAUUCAUGACUGAAAUAUUCUGUUUAGGAACGACAUAGCCUCAAAUCUUUCGUAUUUAUAUAAAGAUAUAUGAAUUGGUAUCUUCCCCCAGAUGCUUUCCAAUCCAUAUCUGUAUCACGCUAUCCUUCUUGCAUACUUGAAAUGCCACGCCACAAUCCAGUAUGAGUUCACACGAGAAGAAAAUCUUGGUCGUCCUGGGCGCCACGGGCAACCAGGGAGGCUCCGUAGUUCGAGCAUUCCUGAACGACACGACUUUGUCCAGCUAUUGGCACGUACGAGGUGUAGCUCGAAACCCAUCUUCUGAGUCCGCGGUCAAAUUAUCAAACGUUGGAGCGGAAAUGGUCUCUGCCUCUCUCGGCUCCGUCUCGGAGCUCAAGUCAGCUUUCGAAGACGCAACGGCAAUUUUCGCAGUGACAGACUUCUGGAGCGCCAUUAAGACCGAAGAAGUCAGACACAGGGUCCAAAGCGAAGGAAUUGAUCUCGCAAUUGCUACUCAGGACCUAGAGGAGACUUGGGGCAGAAAUAUCGCAACAGCGGCAGCCGGCAUAUCGACCCUAGAGCGCUUCAUCUUUAGCAGUCUCCCACCUGUCUCCCAACUCAGUCAAGGAAAGCUGAAGCAUGUUCACCACUUUGACGGCAAAGCCAACGUUGUCCAGUACAUUCAACAAAACCAUCCCACACUCUGGGUUAAGACUUCACAGAUUUUGGUUGGAUUUUACAACUCCAACAUCUUAUCCGACUCAUAUUUCGGACCCAACUUCAAUCCAUUGACAGGAAAAACCGAGUUCGAGGGGCCCGUGAGUGACGACAAUCUUAUACCGUUCAUCGAUGCCCCGUCCAGUACCGGAAACUUUGUCAAGGCUCUGAUUCUUGAUGUGCCAGCGGGUACAAUCUUGGCGGCUUACGACGAGAUGAAGUCGCUCGGAGAAUGCGUCGAGUUUCUACGUAGGGAAACGGGUCGGGACUUUGUUUUUGUGCAAAGAAAUGUCGAUGAAAUGGCGGCCGAAUCGCCGCUAGGUCGUGAGGCUCCUGAGAGCUGGGUUUGGCUCGCAGAAUAUGGUCUCUUUGGAGAGAAAGUUGAAGGAUGGAAAGAGUUUCUGACAUUACCCGGAGGUCUGGAAAGCCAGAUUGAAGCGGUCAAAAUGGACGAAUGGCUUUCGGCACAGGACUGGAGCAAGGCCUUUCGAUCGGCUUAGUGUAGGUAUGCAGUCGCAGCAUCUUUACUAUUACAACGCAGGAUACACAAGCUAG